AGACACCCAGUUGACACCAACUUUGCGUCUGGUCGACGAGAAUGGCUCUUGUCAACUUGGAUGUGUUUGGUGACGAUUUUCAUUCAACAAGAAGCUCAGACUUUUUCAUGUUGGAACGCAAGAAGGAGCCAGAGGGCAUGAUAGUAUCAACCGUGAUCUCCCACAAAAGGCCGUUGGAUGUCGAAGAUGAGGAGCAGGUGUCUAUGAAAUCCAACAUCGCCACCAAGAGGAUCGCAUCGUGCGCUGGCUCGCGCUCUCCCCUCGCCCAUGAUGUAUCAUCCUUGUUCCGCGACAGCUGGAUGGAUCACGUGGAGCGCCCCAUCCCCUUCAACACGAGGUCGCUAAGGUUUGACAGGCCGUCUCAGCUGCGCGAGGCCAUGACGUCGAUGGGCUGGCCGAACAUGGUGAUGGCGCGAAUCUGUGAGUUUGGUUAUGACUCGAGGGCCAUUAUCAACAUCUUCGUCAACCUUCCACCUUAUCUCAAGUCCAUCACCUUGCGAGCCUUGCAUGCUAUCGAAAUCCUGUACGUCGAGAAGCAAAAGAGUCUGCCUCCGAUCGACGUGCUGUCGAAUCAAGAAGACGCCUCCUCUGGAGGGAUGGAAGUGGAGAGGGUUUUCUUUGAACACGAAACCAGUGUUGGGUUCGUGAAGCACCACUUGGACCCCAAGACUGGGAAGAGGGCAGAUAUCUAUGUAUCACAAGGGUGGAGCUCGAGCAUAGGAAUCCACGUGGAAGAAAUCCUUUCAAGAAUCGCAAAUCGUGAACUGCCCCUUCUGUCUACGGAAUUCGCCUACUUCAGCUACGUCAUGUAUAGCAUUUGGUCGUUUGCAACGAAUCCGACCAAGACUUUUUCCAUGUACGCGCGGUCCAGAA